UUCUUCCCCGGCGAGCUGAACCCACGUGGGUUAUCCAUCCUGCUGUCGCUAGAGCCCUACCGAGCGUGGAAACCUCGAGUUUUCUGUUUGCAUCCGACAAUUCAGCUCCAGUGAUGGGGAAGGAGAGGAGAAUUCGCAAGACCGCGAGGAACAAUCCGCUAGGAACCCGGCGAGGGGUCAAAACGGAUACGGCACUACCGCUCACGGAAGAGCUCGACUUUCUAAAAACCAAAGAGGCGACCGCUAGUCUGGGAUUCUCGCUGGAUGAGCUACUGCAGAAAUUGCAAUCCCAGGUGCCCGACGAUCGAACAUCUGCUGCUGUGAUUCUGGCGAACCUGUCUUCGAGCCCUUCGACGGUGGACGGGGUGAAAAGAUUGGACAUAAUCAAAUUCGCCGCACCUCUCCUUCUCGACAAGAACAUACAUGUUCGACUGAAUAUAUCCCGCUUCCUCGGAGCCCUCGGCAACACCGGACACAGCACUUGCGACAAAUUAGUAGAAGGAGGAGUCAUGGCGAUAAUCGGCCAGGUCUUGGCGAGAUUCAUUGGCUGCGACUGGUCAAAAAUCGAUAAAAGCCAGAAUACUGUCCUCGCGGACAGUCUCUACCUGCUCGAGAAAUUGUGCGAGAGCAGUGCCGAGGCGGUCGAAUUUUUCAACAAGCAGAAUCUCAUCGACGUUGUGCUUCCUUUAUUGAGCGUCGAGCUGACGCGGUCCUUCACGAUCAGCGCGGCUGCUGGGAUGUGCUUGUUGGCUGUUACCGAGGAUAAUCCAGAGCUAGAGGAACGCUUGAGAAGCGAGAUUCCGGCCAUCAAGGGAAUCAUCACCCAGAGCCACGCGUCGAUGUCUCAGAUUUUCAUGAGAGCUAUAGGAGUAGCUUUGCUGUACAAUCUCGAUGAUCCCAACUCCGACCCGUCGUUCCAGCUGGAAGCCCUCAAGGGAGUUCUAGAGACUCCUUCAGAACAGCUGUCGGCUCUCGUGUCUGAGAAAAUUGUCAAAGUCACCGAGAUCGAGAGAGCUCGGGACAUCGAAGUAGAAAAUUUGGAGAAGCUCCACAAAGAAGUCGACGCUCAUGUCUCCGAACUCAGCGAGCUCCUCCGGGCGAAGAAGUUGGCUCUCGAGGUCCUGACGAACUGGUGUUGCGCCGGAGAUGAUGACGACGACGACGACGGUUGGGAAGAUGACGACUCCGACGGCGGAUCGAGUCAAGCCUCCAUCGACGAAACGAUGGAUACCGGAACGAAUGGCGAAGAUACACUGUCACCGGAGUUCAUGAGGGCCACGAGAGUCGCGAGCUUACUGCCUGUGAUCCUGCGUCAAACCGUGGACUUGCUUCCGCACCAGAACGAAUCGUUCAAGUUGAGCGCAGCGACGCAGAAUUUGAGAGCAGAAGCUGAGGACGUUCGUUGCCGCGCUUAUUUGUGCAUCGACAACAUGUUCCAACGCCUCCGGAUCGAAGACUUCGGAGGCCCCGACGAAGUUCGGUUACUUUUCGAAACGCUCAUGAAGGCGAUGAUCGAAGUCUGUCGAGCAGACAAGGAUCUCUUCGAAGUCAUCUCGUCGGCACUCCGUGGCAUUUUGGACUGUAUACUCAGGACGGAGAAGAGUCGGCGACCGAACGUGAUGUCGUGUGUCAACGCAGAGAGUCUAAUGAUGGUCUGCGAGACAUCUCAGAAGGGCAGAUGUGCCUCGACUAAAAUGAAUAUAUGCAGGAUAGUCACUACCCUAGCUCUUCUCGAAGCAUCUCUCUCUCCGGGUGCCGUAGAGUUUCUGUUCGUGGUCGCGACCGGCGACUCCGAUGUGCGGAUCUGCGCUGAGGCAUUUGACUGUAUCAUCGAUUUGUUCUCAGGCGAUGAUUACGAUGUCUACGUGCGGGAAUUUCAGCUCGUGGAAAAACUCAGGAGAGCUCUACCGAACUUCCGGACCAUGUAUAGAGCUUUAGGCAAAGGCGAAACCAAGAUGUUGGCUGUUACAUGCGGCAAAAAUUUGCGGCGCUUCAUCGACUACAAAGCUCGACGUCGACCCUAG